UUUAAUUCCCACAAACCAUCGCGCUUGUAUAAAUUGCACGUGCGAAAACUGUUCGGUCUUUUAAACCUCAAUUGGCGUUUAUUUCGCACAUAGUUGUUCGCCGUUACGUUUUCAGGAACAACAUAGCAAAAUGUCUGAGGGUAUCGAAGCUCUUCAAUUGAAAGAGGAAGAUGUGACCAAAUUUCUUGCCAGUGGUGCACACCUAGGAGCUCAAAAUGUUGAUAGACAUAUGGAAAGUUAUGUCUAUAAACGAAAGUCUGAUGGGAUUCACAUUAUCAACCUUAGACAGACAUGGGAAAAACUUGUCCUGGCCGCAAGGGUUAUUGCCGGAAUUGAAAACCCUGCAGAUGUCUGCGUGAUCUCUUCCCGUCCCUAUGGAACAAGAGCUGUACUUAAAUUUGCACAAGCAACUGGUGCAACACCUAUUGCUGGUAGAUUUACCCCUGGUACUUUCACCAAUCAAAUUCAAAAAGCUUUCCGUGAACCACGUCUUCUUGUGUGCACAGAUCCUCAAACUGACCAUCAAGCAAUCACUGAGUCUUCAUAUGUCAACAUUCCAGUUAUUGCUUUGUGCAACACUGAUUCCCCAUCAAAACAUGUCGAUGUUGCUAUUCCUUGCAACAAUAAAGGUAUUCAAUCCAUUGGAACAAUGUGGUGGAUGUUGGCACGCGAGGUUUUGUACUUGAGAGGAAUCAUCAGUCGCAAAACUCCAUGGGAUGUUAUGCCCGAUUUGUAUUUCUUCCGAGACCAAGAAGACAUUGAAAAAGAGGAACAAGCUGCUGCACUUGCUGCUGCCAAACCUGAAGAAACUUACACUCAGGAUUGGGCUUCUGCACCUGUUGACACUGGAGAUUGGGCUGAAGCUCCAGCAGCUGCUACAACAACAUCAACUGAUUGGGCUUCUGAUCCUGUCCAAUCAAAGGACUGGUCUGCUGACCCAGUAGCAACAUCAAAGGUUGAUGAUUGGGGAGCACCAAAAGCUGCUGGGUGGCAAGCAGAUGAACCAGGCUCGACUGCUGACUGGGGUGCAUCCAAUACGGAAGGAGAUUGGGGAGCAUAAACUCACUAUGUAAUAGCUUCAAUACCAUAAAAAGAAAUGUUAAACAUUUUCA